AUGGCGUUAGUAUCCGCAGCCCCCAUUCUUGCGCUACUCGGAGAAUCCGACACAAGUUUAAAAGAAUAUGCGUUGACGACGUUGAAUGAAGUUGUGGAUCAAUUAUGGUCUGAAAUAGCUAACAAUAUAACUGAAUUAGAAGAGCUUUAUGAAGACGAUUCUUUUGAAAAAAGACAGUUGGCUGCUUUGAUUAUUUCUAAAGUUUAUUAUAACUUGGGUGAUUAUGAUGCAUCUGUUAAAUAUUCGCUUUCUGCUGGAGAUGAAUUCAAUGUUGAUGAGCAAUCCCAGUUUGUUGAGACCAUUGUAUCUCGUUGUAUUAGCUGGUAUACAUCGUUAUCUCAGGCACGGUUCUUGGAAGGUACUGGAGACAUUGACCCGCAACUAACUUCUAUUUUCGAGAAGAUGUUGCAGAGAUGUAUUAUAGGCGGUGAAUUGAAAUUGGGAUUGGGUAUUGCUUUGGAAAGUUAUCGUUUGGAAUUGAUCAAGUCAAUCUUAGCUGAACAGGUUGAAAAAAAUGAAGAACAAGCGGUCAAUCUCAUCAAUUACGUGUUACAGGCCACUAAUUCUGUUGUCUCAGAUACCACCUUUAGAACUCAUGUUUUGAACGCUUUAAUUGAACUCUUGUUGCAAUUGAAAAGUAAUAUUGACUAUUUUACUAUUUUUAAGAUUAUUAUUCAAUUGAAUGAUUCAAAAUGGGCAACAAAGAUCUUCAAGGAAUUGUUAUCCGAAAAGGAAAAGUUAAUUGUUUUUCAAAGUGGAUUUGAUUUGGUCAACACUGCCUCUCAAGAAUUACUCAUCAAUGUUAUAGAAGAGUUGAAAAAUGAUCAAGGUGAAGAUGAAACUGAAUAUGUCCAAAUAAAAUCAAAGUUGUUACAUAUUUUAAGCGGUGUUCCUACCCGUGACUUGGAGAUCACCUUUUUACAUGACCAUAACAACACCGAUAUUUCCAUUUUAAAUAAAACAAAGAACUUACUAGAUGGGAAGUUAUCUCUUCAUCAUUCAGCAGUUACAUUCAUGAACGCUUUCAUGCACGCUGGUACAACUGAUGAUUCGUUUUUCAGAAAGAAUUUGGAAUGGUUAGGUAAAGCUACAAAUUGGUCCAAGUUCUCAGCUACUGCAGCCUUAGGUGUGAUUCACAUGGGCAAUUUGAGUCAAGGGCGCAACGUGUUGAAACCUUACUUACCUGGAUCAUCCUCAGGUUCAACAUACACAAAAGGUGGGUCGCUUUUCGCUUUAGGGUUGAUUUAUACUGGACAUGGUAAUGAAAUUAAUGAUUAUUUGAGACUGUUCAUUGAUGACCAUGGUAACUCUGCUGGUAAUAAUGAUACUGAUGUCAUGUUACACGGAGCAUGUUUGGGUGCUGGUGUGUCAGGUAUGGGAUCUAAUAAUAACGAGCUUUACAGAGCAUUGAAGGUUGUUCUAUACUCAGAUUCGGCUAUUUCAGGUCAAGCCGCAGCAUUAGCCAUCGGGUUAGUGAAGUUAGGCUCUGGUGAUGAAGAAGCCAUUGACGAAUUAUUCAACUAUGCUCGAGAAACUCAACAUGAAAACAUUAUAAGAGGGUUAGCUAUUGCUAUCGCUUUCUUGAGUUAUGGAAGACAAGAAAAAGCAGACGGUAUUAUUUCAAAGUUGUUAGACCAAGAGAAUAGUAUUUUGAGGUAUGGUGGUGCGUUUGCUGUUGCUAUGGCAUAUGCUGGUACCGGUAGAAAUAGUGCAAUCAAGAGAUUAUUACAUUGCGCUGUGUCUGACCCAUCUGACAAUGUUAGAAGAGCCUCAGUGUUAGGUUUGGGUUUUAUUUUAAUCAGAGAUCCUAAUUCCGUGCCACAAAUUGUCGACUUGUUGUCUCAGUCACAUAACCCUCAUGUACGUUACGGUGCUGCGAUGGCGUUGGGUAUCUCAUCAGCUGGUAGAUGUUUACCAGCAGCACUUAAGAUUUUGGAACCUUUGACCAAAGAUGCUGUUGAUUUUGUUAGACAAGGUGCUCUUGUUGCCACUUCUAUGAUCUUGAUUCAACAGAAUGACGUUACCUAUCCAAAGUUGAAGGAUUUUACCUCUAAAUAUGCAAACACCAUUAAAAACAAACAUGAGGAUGGCUUGGCAAAGUUUGGUGCAACCUUAGCCCUGGGUAUUAUUGAGGCCAGUGGUAGAAAUGUUACAAUCAAUUUAGAACACACACAAACAAAUACUUUGAAUACAAAGGCUAUUGUUGGGUUGGCAUUGUUCUGUCAAUCAUGGUACUGGUACCCAUUGGUUCACUUUUUGUCACUCUCUUUCACACCAACUUCUAUAAUUGGCAUAAGGGGAUCUGACUUGAGAAUACCAAAGUUUGAUAUUUUGUGUCAUACUAAACCUGAGCUUUUUGAAUAUCCACCCAAAGUGGAAGAAUCUAAGGAAAAGCAACCAGAUAAAAUUACAACUGCUGUUUUAUCGACAACUGCUAAGGCAAAGGCUAGAGCAAAGAAGAAGUCUGCUAAAGACGGGAAAAUGGAUAUUGAUGAAGAGCCAAAGCCAGCUGCAAAGUCUGAGAAUGAAACAAAGUUGAAGGAAGGUGAAAAGGAAUCGGAUAAUGAUAAAGAGAAAAAGGAGAAGGAGAAGGAAGAAGCUGCAAAGAGUGAUGAGCCUUUAAAAAUUCGCUAUUCAAAGACUCCAUUUUCACUUAGUAACAUGUCUAGAGUUCUUCCUGCGCAAUCUAACUUUAUUGCUUUUGCUAAGGAUUCAAGGUUUUCUCCAGUUAGAAAGUUAAGAGGUCAUACAGGUAUUAUCAUUUUGAAGGAUAACGAGCCAACACAAAAGUGUGAGUUUAUCAAGACUGUAAGACAACUGAAUAUCAAUGAGGCACCAUUACCUGAGCCAUUCUAUUUAGAAGGUGAUGACUUGAAGAUUGAUGAGGAUUAG